UGACAUAUCAAAACUACUACGUCAGUGUGGGUGUUUCGUUCGGCGGCCAUUAUUCUACGUAUAAUUAAAAUUUACCUAUUUAUUGCUAAACGAAACAAAGACCUUAACUAUUUCUAAUACAUUCUGUAAAUUUAUAGUUUUGGUACAGUUACAAUUAUAGUACAAAAUGAAUCCUGAAUACGACUAUUUGUUUAAACUGCUCCUUAUUGGAGACUCUGGUGUUGGCAAGUCAUGUCUCCUGCUCCGAUUCGCUGAUGACACUUACACAGAGAGCUACAUAAGUACCAUUGGUGUGGAUUUUAAAAUUAGAACAGUAGAAUUAGAUGGCAAGACAAUAAAAUUACAAAUAUGGGACACAGCAGGCCAGGAGCGGUUUAGAACAAUAACCUCAUCAUACUACAGAGGAGCACACGGAAUUAUCAUUGUUUAUGAUUGCACAGACCAGGACUCGUUCAGCAACGUGAAGCAGUGGCUGGAGGAGAUAGACCGCUACGCGUGCGACAACGUAAACAAGUUGCUGGUAGGCAACAAGUGCGAUCUCACCACUAAGAAAGUGGUUGACUACACAACGGCCAAUCAAUACGCCGAGCAACUGGGCAUACCGUUCCUGGAGACGUCGGCGAAGAACUCGACGAACGUGGAGCAAGCGUUCAUGACGAUGGCGGCGGAGAUCAAGGCGCGCGUGGGGCCGCCGUCGGCGGGGGCGGCGCCCGCGGGCGCGUCCGUGCGGAUCGACCCCGGCCGCCCCAUCGACACCGGCAAGUCCUCGUGCUGCUGAACGGCUCCCCGCGCCGCGCCGCCAUCGAUUACAACACUAAUUACAGGCCGGCGGCAUCACGCAAGGGAAGUGGGCGUCCACCACACCCUCAACAAAAUCGCAAUUACCACAAAACGUUUCGAAACGCAUCAUUAUAAUAAUAUUAAAAGUAAAUAGUACGAUGGGGCGGACGCUCCGUCUCGUCGCUCGUAAGCUAACUUCUGUUAAGUUGCCACAGUCCGAACCAUUGUUGGAACAAGGUGAAAUGGAUGGGUGUAUGUUUAUACAUGUUUAUAUAUAAUGAAUAUCGUAGGUUAAUUUUGUGCUGUUUCUAUAAAACGUUAGCAAGUUACACCUUGACAACGGCAUAGGUAAUUGUAUGAAAGGUAAAUUCACACGUGUUUUUGUAUCGUAUAUAACAACUCUGGAACGAGACAUAUAAUCGUGCUCGUUGGAGUUUUUUAGCUAAACUAUUAUUGUUACGCUGGCACACUCCUAUACAUUGUAUUGUCUAAUUUUAUAUUCUGUGUACGCAUGAGGUUUUUAUGGAAUCCCCCUCGCUAAGAAUCAAAACUUUGCACGUACAGUCAUCAAGUAUUAUUGCUUUUAACUACUAUAAUAUGUAUUCGAUAACUUAGAAAAGGAUUUAAUACAAAUUAAAAUUAAUAUAUGUACUGACAUUUUACUUUCAAUGUUAUUAUUCCAAAAUUGUUCAAUAAUUGUGUACAGUGUGUGUGUAAAUAAGAAAUUCUUGUAUUUGAAUCAAGUGCUCUUAAUUUCGAGUACUUGGAAUAUGCUAUCUGCAUACUGUGGCUAAUACCCACAUGGAAAUAUGUAAUUUAAUUUUAUAAUUUUUUUGUGGGCAACAUGUUACUAUAUGCCCAUAAUUUUGAUGUAAAUUAUAUCAUUACCAAUACUGUAUUUUUCGACGUUAUGAUUCUUAGCCACGCGGUAUUUAAAUAUAAAUAGAGUAUCAAUUCUAGAGUCAGAACUAGGACAUAAAUAAUUGUAAAAAUCGUACAAGUAAACCUUCCAUGGAGUUUAGUUUUUAGUUAAUCAAUGAAUGACUUGUGACGACGUAUAUGAGAUUAAAAAGCAAUGCACUAAAUGUAAUAAAUAUCGUGGGAUGUUACACUAUGUGACGCGGUGUAGAGUAGUGUGCUAGCACUCACGUUAAGAUAGAAUUUACCGUUCUAGGAAUAUUUUUAUCCGUUCCAUCUCGUAGGCUAUUAUUUUUAUUCCAGCUUAUGUUAUAAUUUUCGUCACUUGAGGUACUAAUUUCAAUAUGCACUGGGUGUUAUUAUUCUAUACAUAUAUUACUAGAAUUAACGUGAAGCGAACUGGGGUUGUGCUGUGUUGAAAAUUUUGUGUUAGAACUUUUUUAUUUAAUGACGCUCUUGUCGCAGUUUUUAACACAAAAUUGUAGAUAUAGCAAAUGGGCCUUAGAGAAUUUAGACAGAUAUUAUUAUAUUAACAUAUGUAGCCAUUCGAUUAAAAGCAAGCGGGAAUAUAGUAUUAAUUAAGGGUGUAUUCACAUCGAAUGUACACUCGGCUGUCGGAUUUGAGCAAGUGUUACACGUCACCGAUAUUCCAUUAUAUAUAUAUAUAUUAAACAUCUCUUCCGUAAAAAUCUGACUAUUUUAAGUGCUCAUAUUCGAUGGCUGACUCUACGUUUAGUGUGAACGCGGCCUAAAAUAGAUUCAUAUUAUAACUAUAUCACAGCAAUUAUGUGAUAAUUUUAUUUUUUAACAACGCUACAAUAUUACAUAUAUCGUCGUAUAAAUUUAAUUCUAUUUUCAACUUAGACUAAAAUUAAUUGAUAUAAAAUUUAUCCACUUAUAUAUUUCUUAACGGUAUUUGUAAUAUUGAAGCUUUAGAAUUAUUUAUAAAUUGUCAAACUACAACUUAUGUAUGUCGUUAUUUUUAUACUAUUACGUCAGAGUUAAGUUUACUUAAAUCAAUACCGCUAACCCACUGUAAUUCUGUAUUGAGGGUUUCUUAGAAAUUAAAACAGUAUGCUAUACAA